AUGUCCACUACCAAUAUCGACUAUGAUUUAGAGGAACCUUUGACCUCCAAUGCAAGACCAUUGUCCAACGUUACCCUUACCAUAAGAGUUAUCAAAUCAUUCCCAUAUAGAAAUGUGAAGAAUUUGAUUCUUCAAGAUUACAAUUUGCAGACAAAGACAGGCUAUGAUUUAUUACAAGAUGUGUUACAACAUAUCAAGACGGAUGGAUCCUUUAGACCAUUCCGUAACGUUAACUUCGAUACAAUGAAAAUUUACACACAUGCUCAUGGGUCUAAGACUGUGAAUUUAGUUAUAAAUUUCGAUCACGAUGAUGACGAUUGGGUUCUUGACGUUCAAUCUAAGGAUGGGAAGAAGCUUUGUGAGUAUGACAUUGAAAAUGAAACUGAAAUUUCAUUAUAUAAUCAUGAUGAUUAUGUGGAAUUCAAGAAAAACCCAACUGAGAAAUGGUUAUGA